AUCGUCCUCUGUUUAAAUCCCAAAUCAGGAAUAAUUUUUAGGGUUUGGCCAAAAAUUAAACCUUUUCACCGAACAGAUACCAAUGGAGUUCCAGAUGAAUAGAAUUCAGUUUUUGGGCUUCAUCGUCGGAGUCAUUCUCCUCAGUUUUACCGCUGAAAAAUGUAGGCAGCUGGUUGGAGAGGAGGCAUCAUCCCGAAGUGGUCAAUUUACUUUGUUAAAUUGCUUCGAUAUGGGCUCUGGUUCCGUAGCUUGCGUGGUAAAGGAGGGCGUGAAGCUAUAUUUCUAUAACAUUAGAUCUACUCAUGUUGAGAGAGCAAGGAAUGUCGCGAUCGAGAGGGCGAUAGAAGAUGCAGUGUCGCAGGGCAUGGCUGCUAAAGAAGCAGCGAAACUAGCACAAACAGAAGGGAAAAAGGCGGCAAAGUUGGCAACACGCCAAGCCAAGCGCAUUAUAGGUCCUAUUAUUGCCUCUGGUUGGGACUUUUUCGAAGCUAUAUACUAUGGCGGUACGAUUGCUGAAGGAUUUCUAAGGGGUACAGGCACAUUGUUCGGUGCCUAUGGUGGUGGUUUUCUCGGUGAGCAAAGGCUCGGGAGGGUCGGUUAUCUUGUGGGAAGUCAUUUGGGGAGUUGGAUUGGUGGUAGGAUCGGACUGAUGGUUUAUGACGUGGUCAACGGAGUGCAUUUCGUGCUUCAAAUUGUUCAAAGCAAGGAAAGUGAAAGUCACGAUGCUCCGACUUAUGAAAGAUCAGAAGCUUCAGAGGAUUCCUAUGUUUUCGGAAAUUCUGAUGCAUAUGAAUCUUCACCUGAUGAGAUAUCCGAAUCACAAGAAGGUGAAAACCACGAGGCUUCUGUUUAUGAAAAAUCAGAAGUUUCGGAGGAUUCCUAUGUUAAAGAUAAUUCAAAUGAAUACGAAUCUCCGUGGGAUGAGAGCUCUGAAUCAGAAGAAAGUUCUACUUUGUGCUGACUAAAUUUGUUGGAUAUACAGUUGUUAGAUCCUCUUGUGGCCACAAGAAAAUGAAGAAAUUUGUUGCUAGAGAUUCAUUCUUUACUGUUUAAUAGAUACCUUAGAUGCUAAAGGAGUCCAAGCCAA